CGCCCGAUGGCUGACCUCGACUCAACCCCAUCGUCCAGUACAAAUACAGCUUCAAGCAUAGAACAAGACGCCAAUAGUGUCAAAAAAAGUCUUCGAUACGCGGAGGAACUGAAGCUUGAAGGAAACGAUCACUUUCGCCAGCACCAAUGGAAUGAAGCCCUCGUCGCCUAUCAAUCUGGACUUGGUCAUCUUCCAAAGCGCAAAAAGAAGAAUGUUUCCGAGUCGCCAGAGGAUCUUUUAUCAAGCACGGAAAGUGAUCGAGACGAGGAGACCAACGACAAAGUGGAGUUAGCCGUAACUCCCGACAACACAGAGGCAGAGGCAGACACAGAUACAGAGACGGACAGAGAGUGUGCCAGAGCACGAGCAGUGUUGAAUGCAAAUAUAGGAGCAUGUUUCGUGAAAAUGAGCGAACUUAAGCAAGCCGUCGAGGCAUGUUCUCAAGCACUCAUCGAUGACCCCAAAUAUAUAAAGGCACUUCAACGACGCGCCGCAUCUAAUGACCAAAUCGGUUCUUGGGCCUCGCUUGCUUCUGCACAAGAAGAUUAUAACGCGCUUCUCAAGCUCUUGCCGCCAAAUUCUCCCCAGAUCAAGGAAACAGAGCGAAACUUGCAGCGUCUGAAACCUAGAUUAGAUGAUACGCAAAAGCGAGAAACAGCAGAAAUGCUAGACAAACUCAAAGGCCUUGGCAAUAGUGUCCUAGGAAAAUUCGGUCUAUCUACUGACAAUUUCCAGUUUGUACCUAACGGACAAGGUGGAUAUAACAUGAAUUUUUCAAGAUGAUCGGUCAUUCAUAUCGCGGGCGGGUACUAGUGAGCAUGUAGGCUAUUAAUGGCUUAAUUGUAGAUUAGGCGCGUGUUGUUCACAGUUAUGAAAUCGUUUACUUCACCACAGGACGGAUGC